GUCACCUGACUCUACCCGGAAGCCUUGUAGAAGCAGACAACCAUAACAACAAAACUUCCCACUGAAAACGUGAUUUUUAAAGUUGUUUCCUGUUGUUCAUCAUGGAGUCGACCCUCGAACAGCAUCUUGAUGAUACAAUGAAGAACCCAGCAGUGGUCGGAGUGCUUUGUACGGAUCAACAAGGACACAACCUGGGCUGCCGAGGCUCCCUGUCUGAUGAACAUGGCGGUGUCGUGUCCGUUUUGGCCAAACAAGCUGCAGCUCUCACAAAAGACCCGACAGACACUCCGACUGUGUGUCUGGAGUCCGAGUCAGGAAAUAUUCUGGUGAGGAGUCACGGGACCAUCACAGUCGCAGUUCACAAGAUCGCAUCCUGAAGAAAACACCAACAAUGAUGAUUAAUUUUAUUGUAAAGAAAUGUCAACACAACUUUCUUGUUACCAUUGUUAACAAUAAUGUGUAAUCCCAACAGUUUUUGCUGAUGUCUGCUUUUUCUGUGAACUUCUGUGAACAGACUUAAUGUGGCCUCUCUCUUUUAUGUAUGAAAUAAUCUAUUUAAACCAUUCAGUGAUAUUUUAAAGAUGGCAUGUAUAAUCUAGCCUCUGUAUCAUGUUACUCCUGGGUUUGUCAAUGCUUGUGUGCACCCUUUGCUUUGUGUUCAUUUGUUGAAUCUGCUGCAGUCAUGCAGAGAAUGGCACCCCUAAAUAAACUUUAACUUGA